AUGGCUACAAAACUUGUUCUUGCACUGAUUUUUUCCCUCCUUUAUCUUUUGCAGGUGUCCUCUGAUCCCAGAAAUAUUAAUGGAGAAACAAACCAUGCUAGCCAGGCAUUGCAUAUGCUUAGCAGAGGAGAGAGGAAGCUGAUGCACAAAUUCUACCUCGAUGUCUCCAAGUAUAUUUACAACCCGAUGAUCUCCCGAGCGCUUGCUUUUGCCCCGGCUCCGAGCCCAAGCCCAAGCCUAAGCCUGGACUGCAACGGGCUGUGCCAGCACAGGUGCAGCCAUCACUCAAGGCCGAAGGUGUGUUUUAGGGCUUGUGGGACUUGCUGUGUGAGGUGCAAAUGUGUGCCUCCAGGGACCUCUGGCAACAGGGAAGUGUGUGGAAAGUGUUAUACUGACAUGACAACACAUGGAAAUAAGACCAAGUGUCCUUGA